AUGUCCCGGCCCGCGGCGCCGCCCGGCUCCCCGCGCCGCCUCGGGGCGCUGAGCACGGCGCAGCUCCGGGCGCUGCUGCAGGACGAGCCGCGGCUGCAGCGCGCCGCCCGCCUCUGCAGGAAGUUCCAGAGUCUCCAGCUGGAGCGGGAAAUGUGUUUGGCUUCAAAUUGCACCCAGGCCAAGGUGAAUCUGUCCCUGCGCCCGCGGCUGGAGGAUGGGAAGGCUUCCCUGGCCAUCAAGUACCAGGAGCUGCAGGAGAUCCGAGAGGCCUGCUGGGACAAGCAGCAGCGCCUGGAUGUUUACCUGGAGAAGUGGAGCCCACAGAGUGCCCUGGGCCAGCUCCAAGCCAAGCUUGAUGCCUCCGAAGCAGAGUCAGAGGCCCAGAUAAAGCAGUUCCUGGCCCAGGAGCUGCCCCUCGAGGCCUUCCUGGAGUCCUUCUGCCAGAGCCGCACGCGCUCCCACGUCUGCCGGACCCAGCUGGAGAAGCUGCAGGAGCUGCUGCACAAGGAGCAGGUGCAGAAGGACCAGAGCGGAGCAGCGCCCAAACCCUUUGAUCUGUCCUACGGCUUUGUGCCCGCCGUCCUCGUCCCCUCGGAGGCUGCCGCGCCCUUCCCCGUGCCCGCUGCGCCUCCCAAGCACCAUCUGCCAGCCCUGGCACAGCAGCCAGCAUCUCCCUGCUCCGAGGCGCCCGGCCUGGGCUCUCCCCUGCGCCCCGCUGGAGCCGUGCCCGUGCCCAGCGCCCAGCCCCGGGAGCAGGAGCCGCCGCACCGGUAGCGGGGCACGGUGGGCAUGGGGCAGGGGGGGAUGGCCCCGCUCCUGCCCCUCCCGGGCCGGGCAGCAGCACCCAGGGCAGGAAAGGGAGGGGUGGGAGGUGCUGCAGGCACAGCUCUGAGGGGUCUGUGGGGUGGCACAUGGGGGAGCUCAUACAG